AUGGGUUCCAUUCAGAAGAUCGAGACAAGACUAUUCAUCAAUGGCAAGGUAGGUGUGCUUUUCACGUCGUCACAAGGCACGCAUCAUACGUUACACGAAGCCAGUGAGGAAGACACCGACGCUGCAGUUGCCGCUGCAAAGGCAGCAUUUCCAUCAUGGUCCGCCCUAGGUCCGGAUCAGCGUGGUGUGUAUAUGAAAAAGCUGGCGGCUCUACUGCACGCAAGCUACAAGGAGCUAUCGGAGCUCGAGGCCAUGUCCAUGGGCCGUCCAGUAUCGACAUAUUUCGACAACCAUGCUUGCGCAAGCACAUUCGAGCACUACGCAGAGGCAGGAUAUGAAGCACAAGGCGUCAGCAGUCUCAACACGCCGGGAUUUGUCAACAUGACUUUCAAGCAGCCGUACGGAGUGGUCGCUGCGAUCAUUCCUUGGAAUCUUCCUUUGGUGUUUUUCGGAAACAAGGUCGCCCCGGCACUUGCGGCCGGUAAUACCGUUGUCCUGAAAAGUAGCGAAAAGGCUCCGUUGUCAUCUGCAUAUGCCGCAACCCUUGUAGAGAAAGCUGGAUUCCCGCCUGGAGUGAUCAACGUGAUUUCUGGUCACGGUCAAACGUCCGGCGCCAUUCUUUCCUCGCACAUGGAUGUUCGGGCACUCAGCUUUACCGGUUCAUGUCGGACUGGUAGACUUAUCCAGGCUGCGGCUGCGAAAUCCAAUCUGAAGAAUGUGAUCCUGGAGCUCGGUGGAAAGUCACCCGCCGUUGUUUUCUCGGAUUGCGAUCUUGAGACUGCAGUCACCGACACUCAAAACAGCAUAGAAUGGAACAGUGGCCAAGUCUGCAUGGCGAACAGUCGAAUCUAUGUGGAAGAGAGCAUUGCAGACAAGUUUGUGGAACGUUUCAAAGCCAAAGCUGCAAGUAUCUCGGCUGGCGAUCCUCUGGAUCCCGCAACGACCCACGGACCCCAGGCAGAUGCAGCUCAGUGGGAUACAGUGCAGAAGUACCUUGAAAUGGGCAAAACCUCAGGAAACCUUGCAAUGGGCGGUACAACCAACGUCGCCGGAGGCGCCAAGGGCUAUUUUAUUGAACCGAGUAUUUUCCUCCGAACCCCCGAAGAUGCAGUCAUCAUGAAGGAAGAGAUUUUCGGCCCUGUUGUGAACAUCAACACUUUCAAGACAGAGGAAGAGGUCAUCGCCAAGGCGAAUGAUAGUGAGUUUGGGUUGUACGCGGCAGUUUAUACCACCGACAUCAACAGGGCUAUGCGAUUUGCGAAGGCUUUGGAAGCUGGUACAGUUGGUGUCAAUUGCACGAGUCCGACGCUCGCUAAAGACAUGCCGUUUGGCGGAUACAAGAGCAGUGGUAGCGGCAGAGAAGGUCUCGGACACAGUCUGAACAAUUUCUUGGAGACCAAGACAGUGCUGAUUAAAAUCAAUCAAUAG